GGCGAUGCAGGUUCAAGGUGUGCCAGCCAUGCGCUGCCAAAAUCUCCGUCCGACCUGCUGCUGCAGUCACCACUGCCAAGGCACCUUAGGUCAGGGAGAUAUAGUGGCGUGAAGGUCAGAUGGGCCAUCUCGCUGACUUGCCUCAUACAGGUCCUUGCCCGCAACAGGAGGAUGGCGAGGAAAUAGACGGCAUUUCUCCACGCACAACCCUGGACCUCUGGCCUCAGGAGAGGGACUCAUAUCAGCCCACCAACCCUCCCGUCUAUGAGGACCUAGUCGUCUACUAUCAGGGUGAUGACGAUACCCGUGGUCGAACGAGGGUCCGGCCGAGGAGUCGAUAUCACUUUGUCAUCUCGACGACGCCAUCUCGAUCCAGGUCUGCGCGAGGCCCACGGGGUGACUCGCCGUUUGAUCGAACCUUCAGUCCCAUGAACCGAUGCGAAGACACCGAGGUACACCCAACAUUCAUGCGUGAUCCGCCAUAUCCGCCGAGAAUAGCAGCGAACAAAGCUGCUUCACGUUCCAUCUUGGACAUCCCUCAGAACGCCAAAGUCACAUGGAAGAACACCAUCGGGGCAGUCCGUGAAAAAAUCCAGAAAGUAAGAGGCAGCAGAUUUCGCCUCAUCAAAAGCGAUCAAUUUGAACACAAAUUUGGCUUACCACCAUCGCCGACGCCCUCGAAAACCUCGAGUUUGACAAAGUGGAAGACGCAGUCCAAGAACCUGUUGACGGUAGCCACACCAAAGCUUUUUCGCACGAGCAAAACAAAAGACACACCGCUACCCUUCGCACAGGUCCGCCGACGUCCACCAAGUCCUCCUCCAUUCGUUUUCAACUUUCCACAAUAUUCAUCUGUCAAUCAUACAGACAACAGUAGAGAAUGCUACGAAGAUCACCGUUCACCUUCUGCCACAUCUAGCAAGGAACCGACUUUUAUCUUUUCAAACAGCGGCAGCAUCAGCAACAGCGAAGGUCCCUUUACUCCAGAAUCCGCUACCUCUCCCGCUCCAGGAGAUCACAGCCAUUCACGCACCUAUCACUACCGAGACCAAUCUCUACAGAUCGCACUCCGUCAGAGCAUCUCCUCCGACACGCAUUUCAAAGAGACUCCGCAGCUUGGUUUUCCCACCGACGACGAUGGCCCCACGGAUUUCUAUGAUGCUCGGGGCGAAUAUCCAUACCAGCCAGCAAAACAUCAUCCUCAUCCUCUCGCAGAACCAAUGUACUGGGACCCAUCCGAGACCAGUCUGACAGCUCUGCCUCGCCUUCCGGAACGACUCCAACAGGGCUUGUCCUCGCAGUACAAGGAAAUCGUGCUCGGAGGCCAUGGUUUCGGCAAUGGGCACAAUCAACGCGACGACCGCUAUCAUCAUCGUUCCUCCUCUCCUACCUCAGACGAUGACGAUGUCCAAUAUCCUUUCGCAACAACAGGAAGAAAGGGUCUCCGCCACAAAGAGCGCCAACGUCGAAGGGAGAUGGCACUGCCGGUCACAACAUCGCAUCUUGAGGGCCUCGAGAUGACUCCUGCACUCGCCUCCCGGCGUCAAUAUGAUGAUGAUGAUGAUGAUGAUGAUGACGAUUCCGAUGAGAGAGACGACGAGCAGGAUUUGGGCUCGUGGAGUUGGAAUCGCGUGCGCAGUUGCGAGCGUUCUCCCGAGUUCAUGGCGAGGGUGUCACAUAUGCGCCAUCCCUCCGUCGCAUCGAGCGAGUAUUCCAUGGGUCGAUUCUGAAAAGCCAAACUCUUUCCUUGGUCCAUUGAUACUCAAGAAGACAUAAAAUGGCGUAUAUGAUGAGGUUUCACUCCGCAGGAUGGGGUGCUUUUUUUCCAAGGAGGGAUUAUUGGCAUUUGCGAGAAGGGAGCCUUCCCUUUGACCUUUUCUUUCUGCCACCACUCGACUUCCAACAUGUGUCUAUUUCCAUUUUC